UGGUUUUUUAGUUGUUUGUUUGUUCGUUUCGAUUUUUGAUUCUGUCGAUUUUGACCGAACGAACAUCAUUCUGACCACAAAUGGCGGCUGCCGAGCGAACCGUGCGCUUGCAGAUUGAACAUGAUGACAACGACGACGACGACGACGACGCCGGUGGCUGGAACUGGAGCGGCGGCGAUGGUAGUCUGAGCGUGGGCGGCGGUGGGAAUGAGCAGUUCGCACCAUUACGCAACGCGGCACCGCACACCCACAACAGACGGCGCUCGUCAGACGAUUCGACCAACGGUGGCACUGCUCCUGCUGGACGAUCGGCGGUGGGCGAAGGGGCUGGCGGCGACUCGGGUUCGAUUCCCAGCAAAACCGAAACCGGUUUCGGAGCGGUCGUGGCGUGGCUGCGUGGAGUGAAGCGGUCUGUCGCCGCGUCCCACCGCACUGUGCGCCUGUCGAUUGCAUUUGCAUUUGUCGACCAGCUGUGUGCGAAUGUGAUUGGCGGCAUUGCGCUGUCUGCCUUCAUCGAGUCGCUGACCUCGGACGACGAAGCCAUGGUCGGCUACGUCUCUGGCGCGAACGGCAUCAGCGAGACGGUUGCCGCUGUCGGCCUGGCAUGGUGCACGCGGGCAAGCAUCCGCCGCCAGACCAUCCUGCGCUUUGGCUCGGUGGCCGCGCUCGUGGCUGCGGGGCUCGGCGUCGCGUCGUACUGGACGCGCUCCAUGCCGCUCCUGUUUCCCGCCAUGUCCGCCUGGGGCAUCUACAACGCCGCGGCCAGCAUUGGCAUUGAAUCGCUGCUGGCAGACUCUGUGCGGACCAACCAGCGCGAGUUCAUCUACGCCGUCAAGCACUCCGUCUCCAGCGUUGGCAUGGGAAUGGGCUUUCUCAUCUCCGCGCUCAUCUUCCAUGUGUGGCUCGCGGACGACUGGGGCAAGGCGUACCUCGUCCUCAUUGUGUUUUCGGCAUUGUCGCUGGUCUCGACGGCCCUGUGCUGGUUUAUCCGAGACGCAGACUCGCUGAAGGACGAAUCGGAAGGCGUUUUGGCAGUCUUGCACGACGCGCCACUGCUCAAUCCCGGAAAGGCAGGCGAUGGCAACAGUGAUGGCGAUGCUGAUGAUGCGAGUGAUGGGAAACUGCCUGUGGUUGUGCCGUUGACCCAUCGUCCGUCGUCGAAGAGCAGACCCGCAAAUGAGAACGACGACGACGACGACGAGGAUGUCGUUCUGCUCGAAAUCUCCCCGUCAGACGCGGACAGCCCAGCUCAUCCUCAAAAAUCUGGGACAAAAAAGCCAGUUCCUCAUGCCGAGGGCUCGAACGAUGUCUACCAGAACAACAAGGAAGCGGAUGAGGAGGACGAAUCGGGCGACUUGCUCCCUGCCUCUCGUUUGGCGGUACUGUCCAACUACAACGUCAAGCACCGGUGGUUUGCCUACAUUCCCCUGAUUCUAGUCAUGUCAGAUAUUGUCACCAUGCUCGGCGCGGGAAUGACAGUCCGUUUCUUUGCGCUGUAUUUCAAGAAUGUUCACCACCUUUCUCCACUGGUGGUCAAUCUGAUCUGGGGCUGCACGCCAAUCGCGAUUGCAGUUCUGUCCAUGGUCGCCGCUCGUUUGAGUCAACCACUUGGGCGCCUGCAUACCGUCAUGCUGUUCAAGGGCAUUGGCAUUGCAAUGCUCUUCCUCAUGUCAAUACCUGCGCCGGUCGUGGUUGCGAUUGCGCUGUACGUUGUUCGCACAUCCGCCAUGACUGCCUACCAGCCUCUACUGCGAAGUAUCAUCAUGGACUUGACUCCGAAACACUUGCGCAACAAGUACAAUGCGGCGGAGAGUAUCAACAAUGUGACCUGGAGCGCUUCCGCGUUGGUUGGUGGCUUGCUGGUGGAGAAUCGCGGCUAUGUCUUUUCCUUUAACAUUACUGCCGCGAUUUACACUGUUGCGGCCAUCCCGCUGCUCUUCUUGCUAUCGGCCGUUGAUGUGAAUCAUUCUUUGCCACCGCCCAUUGUUGUCCCAAGUCCGGACGCUCGCCGUCCUGCCCCACCCGCUGCUGUUCGGCACGUCGAUCAUCUGACCGACGACGAUGAUGAUGAUGAUAAUGGAUUGCUAUUGUGAGAGUGUCAAGUGUCAAUGAACGUUGUUCUUUAGCUC